AUGGCGGCGCCUUCCGAGGCCCUCAACCACCUCCAUGCCCGCGCCGUAGUCAACCACGAUUCCCUCAACCCUGUCAAGAAGACAAUCGAGGGAGGUUCAAUCGGCGCCGCCAUCGACAGAUGGCAGCCUCUCCUCCACAUUGCUGACGGUUGUCAGCCAUACACUGCCGUUGACACGAACGGCACUGUCAGUGGUGGACUCCUGGACAGCGGCAGUAAGACUGGUGGCUGCAAAGAGACCACCAAAGGACAGACAUAUGCUCGUGCCGCUAUGCACAACGGCAAGCUUGCAAUUAUGUACGCUUGGUACUGGCCCGAGGAUCAGCCUGCUGAUGGCAACCUUUCUCCCGGGGCUACACUCUACGCUGCGGCCGCCUCGGGACACGGCGACUACAAGAAGACCAAGAAACCCCAGCGAAGUGGCAAUAAUGUCAUGGCUGAGCACUUCACCAGCCUUGGCAAGAAUCAUGAACUGCAGUUCAAGACUACCCGACAGGGCCUGAUCACUGGCCCAUCUGGUGAUCCUAAGAAGCCUUGGGGCAGCGCCAAUGUCCCUUUCAUUGAUGCCAACUUUGGCAACAACCUUAACAAGGCCUGGUCCUGA